AAUGAGAUGGCACUGCUGCAUAUUCUGGUCACGCUAAAGGAACUUCUGUUCACAUGUGACCUUAACACAGCCACUGAUUACCUGGCUCAGGCCAAGGACUCCUGUGGUCUGAGCUUUUUAAAUGAACUGUUGAGGAAGUUUGAGGUGUUGCAGUAUCUGUGUCAGAAGAGGCAGGAGCCUGACCCUAAACUGCUGGAGCUCCAGCAGCAAAUCAACACAUGGAUGAACUCCCACACAAACCACAACACUAGAGUGAGAUUCAAUAUCUGAGUUUAG